AUGGGAUCUAAUAGAGAACAACAACUUGUUGAUAAAAUUCGACAAUUAUUACCUGAUUCGAAAAAGAAAUAUACAUGGGUUGAUAUUGAAAAAACAGAUAAAUUACAAGAUUUAGCAUUUGAACUUACAAGUACUUAUUUUGGCGAUUUUUUUACUACACAACAGCAAGCAUCUAUUGAUCGUCUUCAAGCAGCUGCUUGUUUUUUAAAUUUUUUACAUACAAUUGCUGAUUGUGAAAAUGAUGAAGCUGAAGCAGAUGAAGGUCAUUAUGGUCUUUGGCUGCUUACAGUGUCGAAUCAAGAAGAACGUCUUAUGCAUUUGAAUCAAUUAGCUGAUUGUUUACUUUUAUUUAAACGAACAAUGGGUUCAAUUGAAGUUCUUCAAAAAGAAGAUGCCGCACUACGAGCUGAUGCAAAAAAAAUGAGUAAUGAAAUAAAUUUUUAUCAAGAGGAAAUAGCUUCAAAUAAAGAACAAAUUGAAUUAUAUAAAACUGAAAUUAAAAAACAAACAGGAAUUAAAGUAGAUACAUUGAAACAAAUUGAAAAACUCAAUAUUGAUAUUGCUCGAACACAAAAUAAUUAUGCUACGUUGGAAAAAACAGAUAAUGAACUUGAUAGUACAUUAGAAGCAUUAAAAGCUCGUGAAAAAUUAUUAGAAAGUCAGUUAAUGGUUUCAUCACUUAAUGAUAUUCUUUGUGAAAAUGGAAAUUAUCUUAAAGAAAAUGCUAAAUUUGCUUUUCGUUUGACUGUAAAUGGAGAAAUAUCUAAAGUUGAGUCGAUAAUUCAAUCAAACGAUGCUAACUCGACUUCAAAAGGUCAUGGAAAUGAACCCUAUUAG